AUGCCCCGCAUCAAGACCGCGACUGCGGCAGAGGCAGCCAAGCAUCCUCGCGAGUUCAGCAUCCUCGUCAACCUCGCCAAGGAUGGCGAGGCACCGCGCGAGGUGCUGCUGAAGGCAUCCCAGAGCUACGGCGACGAAACCCUGGUGGCCGCCCUGGGCGAUGAGGUUGAGUUUGCCGACUUUGCCAAGGCUUUCAACAAGGCCUCCCAGCUGGCCGACACUGCGGGCGAGGAGGGCGCCAACUGCCUGGGCUGGGCGGCGCGCGACACCAGCGCCCAGCUGUCGCCGUACAAGUUCAAGCGGAGGGAGCUGGGGCCCAAGGACUUGUUCCUUAAGAUCACCCAUGCGGGCAUGUGCCAUAGCGACCUGCACACCAUCAACGGCGAUUGGGGGCCUGCGCUCCACGAGAUCGUCGGCAUCGUGGCGGCGGUCGGCUCAGAGGUGACCAAGUUCAAGGUCGGGGACCGCGCCGGCGUGGGCACCUACGUCGACAGCUGCCGCAACUGCCGCGAGUGCCAGGCGGGCGACGACCAGUUCUGCACUGAGUGCGUGUUCACCUACAACGCCAAGCACAAGGACGGCCUCCAGUCCCAGGGCGGCUACUCGUCCCACAUCAUCAGCGGGGAGCACUACACCUUCAAGGUGCCAGACAACCUGGACCUGGCCGGCGUGGCGCCCCUGCUCUGCGCGGGCAUCACCGUGUACUCCCCCUACAAGCUGUACGGCCUGGACAAGCCGGGCCUCAAGAUCGGCGUGGUCGGCCUGGGCGGCCUGGGCCACAUGGCUGUGAAGUUUGGUGUGGCCUUUGGCUGCGAGGUUUACGUCAUCUCACGCAGCCUGGCCAAGGAGGCUGAGGCCCUGGCUAUGGGCGCCAAGGCCGUGAUCCCCACCAACGACGAGGAGGCCAUCAAGGCCAAUGCCAACCAGCUGGACGGCAUCAUCGACACCGUGGCCGCCAAGCACGACUUCCUGCCGCUCUUCAACAUGCUCAAGCCCAAGGGCAAGAUGUGCGUCGUGGGGGCCCCUCCCGGCGACGCAUCUUUCCCCUGGUUCCCCGUGCUGUUCAAGUCUCUGACCCUGUGCAGCAGUCUGGUGGGCACCCCUGACGACACCCAGGAGAUGCUGGACUUCUGCGGGGAGAAGAACAUCGUGUCCGACGUGGAGGUUAUCGACAUCUCAUACGCCAACGAGGCGUACACGAGGAUGGAGAAGGGCGACGUCAAGUUCCGCUUUGUCAUCGACAUCAACAAGUCCCUGGUCGCAUAG